AUGAAGAUGUACGGGUCUAUCGUAGAUUCGGGUGCGGCAGGGUCAUCCUCCGGGGGGGUUACGUACACCGACCGGUUUUCGAUCGCAACGAAAGAUAGGGCACAAGGUGGCCGAGGGACACGUCCCGCUUUCAUCCUCGCCCUCGUCGGAUCCCUCGCCCUCGUUGGCACAGCGAUGAUUGCGAUCGGAUCCCGUCUGCUGCCGGACACUUCAGCCGUCAAGGGUGCUGUUGACCCCGAGAGCAACGCAUCUUUACAGGCUGCUCGACGAAGCAGCAGCUUUGUCGAGGAUCGUCCAGUUGUCGGCAGGGCAUUCCCCAUUGCCUCGGACCAGGACCAGCACCAGCAGCAAGAGGGACAGGAGAAGCGACAGCAACAGGGAGACGUGUCGCCACCUCUCUCCUUCACCGCGCUCAACUUCUACCACGUGCGGGACGGGAAGCCGGCGCAGGACUACCCCUGGUUGAAGGACGUCAAGCUCAUCGAACCGCACCGGGAGACCACGCUAGACGUGGAGACUCCCCGCGACGGAUUCGAGUACCGCUGGAAGGUUUUGCUUGGUGCGCCGGUAUCAAUCACGGACUCCGCCCCGGCGUCAUCAUUUGAAGAAGAAGGUGUAACCGAGGAAGUUGUUGCCACCGCCAGCGGAGCAGAGGCCGUGGUUGUUUUCACACACCUCGGCGAAAACUCCGUCUCUCUGGAGGAGGUCAACUCGGAUACGGGGGUGGUUACCCGCCGGCUACAGGAGAAGGUGAUGGUCAAGUACGUGAGGAGGGAGAUCAGGACUCUCACGGACGACGAGCGAGAGGAGUUGUUCGACGCGAUGUUCGCGCUCUGGGAGGUGAGAGUGGACGGUGGAAACGGCAAGGAGCUUUAUGGGGAAGACUACGCUGACAUAUACGCGAUAAAUCGCUUGCACUACAAGGCGGCCAGUCAAAGCUCGUGUGAUCACUUCCACGACGGUCUGGGAUUCUUGACAAGCCACUCCAUGAUCUCUAACACGUUCGAGUUCAGCCUGCAGAAAGUCAACCCCAAGCUGACGUUGCCGUACUGGGACUUCACCAUUGAGUCUACUGAUGUGGGGGGUCUUGAAGGCACAGUGGACGACGGGGGGCCCCUCACACGGUCGCCACUUUUCCGCCCUGAUUGGUUCGGGACUUUUGACCCUGAGGACAACAUGGUGAAGGACGGCCGGUGGGCAUUCACGGAAAUCCCGCGUGUGUUUGAGAACAACCCUGGUCUUAUCGACACGGACGUGUACGGAAAGCUUCGGGCACCGUGGAAUGUCAACGACCGACAGUACCUGACCCGCGGCAUGGGCGAACUGUGCGGUGCGGACAUGGAAAAAGCGUUCCCAUGGCCCACCUGCACAUCUCACUACGAUCUCGCCACAGGCUACAGCGACUUCUACUCGUGGGUCUGGCAAUCCCUUUACGACCCCCACGGGCCGGUGCACAUCUGGGUCGGGGGCGUGCUGGACUGCGAAGAGACGUACGAAAGGAUUGAGGGUCUUGUCGGAAAGAUAGCAGCGAGCCAGCUCGCCGAGCAGUCGUUCAUCCACCGCAAGAACCUCUACCGUGACGGGAUCUUCAAGUGCGACGGAAGGGCGGACGUGGCCCAGUCCUCGGAAGAGGUCAUGCUCUCUCGGUGCGGGUGCCUGGGCUACAACCUGACCGAGGGGAACGACUACGAGAGGAUCUACCACACCAUGUCCGUCAUCGACGACGUCAUCGGAGACUACGAUGCCGACACGAAACGCCAGGUGGUGGAGGCGAUUUGCACGACCACCCUCGUGGACGGGGACCACUUGCAGGCGAGCUCCUCGCUGGACCCGUCCUUCUGGUCGACGCACCCGACGAUGGAACGGCUGUGGAUGUACGUCGUGCUGACGGGCCAGAUCACGGACUGGUCGUGGCCGGACGCGGACGUGACGUACACCACGCCAGACGGCACCGUGGUGACGGAAAGCCUGAGCGAGUACGAAGAGUCCUGCUUCGGCCACCAUGGGAGCGACGUGUUCCCGUUCGGUCUCCUAGAUACCGACACCGACGGCUUCGAGAUCAAGACCGGCAUCAGCUUCAACUCGGCCACCGGCAACGAGCUCACCAACCGAGAGGCUCUGCAAGCCUUCGACCCCCGGAUCAACGCACUGCCCUACGUGUACGACACCUUCAACUGGGAGCAUUGCGCGGCAGAUGGAUACGACUUCGGCGAUGCCUGGCAGUCUUCCACGAAGAAAUCCAAGUCGACUUCUGCACGUCCCGCCUUCGAAGACGGUGUCCCACGAGCGCCCAUGUACAGCAGCACGCUCAAGCUGAUGGCUGAGGGCAAGGCCAAGAGACGGGAGCAACGCGUCUGA